UCUAAUGAGGUUUUUUUCUUUGCUAGGCAACUGCUGCUGACAACAGCAUCUGGAAAAUUGUGUUCCAUCUCUCAGCAAAUAGAAAGACAACUAUGACUGUUGCUCAGGCCAUGACAAAUGGCUAUGGCAUAAACACUACACCAACUCGAAUUCUGGUUAGAGCUGCAUACAACUCCACAGAAAGCCAGCCUCAGGUGAUCCAAACUGUACCAAUGGCUGUGCUAAGAUCAACCACCUUUUAUAAGCAAAGAUGGAUGGUCAUGAUGGUGGACACUGCAGUUACAUGUCCUACUGAUGGAACAGCCUUCACAGAACAGAUGAUUACAUGGAAUGUUCCCCGUGUUCUGCCUCCUCUUGUUCCGACACCACAAAUUACUACCCUUGAUGUCCAAAUGGGAGUUGAUGGCCGCAAGCUUGACCCUGCAACGAUUCAUAGUAGAGAUUAUAAACUGGAUGUCAGUCCCCAGCUAAUCACUGUAAAAAUUCCUGUGGGAGCUGUUGGUGGAUAUUACAAGAGCCAUGUAUUGGACAACACCUAUGUGAUCUCUUACUCUAUUGAACCAAUGCUGGAGCAUACCUGGCAAGAUGGGCCUGAGAAGACCAAGUACACAGUACUUCAUCCAAUAACCACUCCUUUCAUGCCUCGGCCACCAGUUGUCACAAACCACACUGUUCCUAAAGCCAGAGUGUUCAAUGUGACCCUGGGGACAUUCCUGCCUGAUGUGGAGCUGGUCAAAAUUAUAGUUGGACCAGAGACGUUAACUGUGCCAGAAGCCAACCUAAAAGGUUAUAAUGUCCAGGAGCAUGUCUUUCCCAAUGGAUCCAAGACCUACACUCUCCAGGUGCCAUUUGAGGACCCCAAUGUGAAGCAAAAGGUAACUCCUCCAGACACCAGAACCUACAUUCUGCCCCUGACCUACUUGCUGAAAAUAGUGCCAGAGAAUACACCCUUUACUCAUCCUGCUGUAGUCGAAGCCAUUCUCAAAGACAUCAUUCCACCUACAGUAACUGGCUACUGUGAUGGUGCUGCAUUCUAUACCAUGGUAACAUAUGGCAACAUGGGUCGCAACUGGAUUCCUUUUGUGGGCUCAAGAGAACUUGGUGGAAGUCUGCUUGCCCUGUACAAGUAUAAUGCCAACUCUACCAAUUUCUGGAUGACUGUCCCAUACAAUUCAGUUGAUGCCACAUAUGAAGUAAGUGAUGGAACUUUAAAAUGUGUGUUAGCUGUUUUGGGUUCAACACAUUACUGACCUGAUGUAUUGUCU